CAUGUGGCAAACCUAUACAUUCUAAUGACUUCUUACUUAACAUUAAAAGUGUGUUGAAGUGCAGUUAAAAUUAAAAUGGGGUUAAAACUUUAUCAUUAUAGUGUCAGUGGCCCAUCCCGGGCAGCAUACAUGACCAUUAAAGCUAUUGGAUUAGAAGUUGAAGUUGUAAUAGUUGAUUUAAUGAAACAGGAACAACUUAAAGAAAAUUUUCUUCAGAUUAACCCCCAGCACUGCGUACCGACAAUUGACGAUGAUGGUUUUGUUUUAUGGGAAAGUAAGGCGAUUGCCUGCUAUUUGGCCGAGAAACAUGGGAGGGAUGAUCUCUAUCCAAAAGAUUUAAAGCACCGUGCGCUUGUGAAUCAAAGAUUGUAUUUCGAUAGUGCUACUUUGCUACCGCAUAUACGUGCUAUUAUGCAUCCCAUUUUAUUCCAAAAUGUUAAAGAAAUAAAGAAGCCAUUGAAAGAUAAUUUAUAUGUUCAACUUGGAUUUCUAAAUGGCUUUCUGAGUGAGAGUAAAUGGGUGGCUGGCAAUGAAUUAACUGUUGCAGACAUAUCCCUUGCAUCUUCUAUGGCUACAGUUAUGUUUUUAUUGCAGGCUCUUGAUUGGGAUUUGUCCAACUUGCCCAAUAUUGGUAGAUGGUUCAAGCAAUGUGAAAAUAUACCCGGAUUUGAAGAAAAUUUGAAAGGGGCAAAGCUUUACGGUGAUGCUGUCAAAAGAAACCUACAACUAUAGAUAAUUAUUUAUUAUCCCUUAAUUAAUUAUAAAUAAACAUUUAUUUCUUAUUUAUAAAAUUUAAGGACUAAUUGGUUCUCAUUCUUAACCCUUCUCUUUAUAAUUAGUUUUGAUUUAUAGCCUUUAUUUAACAUAAUUUGUUUUACUUCCUCUGGAAUGUUUUCUUCAAUGAGCAGAAGGUAGAAAAUGCCGUGGUCUGUUAAUGUCUUUGGUAUUAAAUCCAAUAAUUUAUCUA